GCGGCCCACCGCCUACUGCAUCAUGGCCUAGCUUGGUUGUUGGUUGUACUUGCUUGAGUACUUGAGCGACCUGCGAACUUCUCUUCUGUCAACAACGUCGUCCUGCCCGAUUCAUCUCUCAAUAAGAACGUCUGCUUCUGAAUCGCGUUGCACUGAGCAUCAAGCAGCACGACCCGAGUGGGCCUAUCGCUUGAGGUGCGGGCAGGCUCUGCUUCGCUACAACCUCAUGACGCUCUAUCCACCAGCAGAUCUACGGCUCUCUAUUGAAGAUGACACAGAAGAAUGCCCGGGAGAGCAAUACGAUCAGCACGAUGACGACCAUACAUCAGGAAGCAUGGCAGAAGGGAAGCGUCGACGCAUAACGAAAGCGUGUGAUCGUUGCCGAUUGAAGAAGGUGCGAUUUGAUGGAGAGACUCCAUGCAGCAAUUGCCUGCUUUACAGCAAGAUGUGCCAUUUUACAACCGUUGUCAAGAAGAGAGCAAUAUCGCGCACUGUUAAAUACACCCAGGAUCUUGAAACCAGACUAGGCAAGAUGGAAAUCCUUCUCAAACGGUUCUUGCCCGACUUCGAAAUGACGGAUGAAGCUAUCGAUGAGGCAAUUCAGAAGAGAGCCCUAACUCGUGCCUCGCUGCAGUCGCCCAGGUCUUCUGGUUGCGACAAGGACGUCUCGGAUGAGGAUGUAUCUUGCUCCCACAUCAGGUCCUCACAAAUCUCCGACGACGAGUUGGCGCAGAAGAUGGGUCACUUGUGGCAUGACAACGAAUCAGAGUACGAGGAUGCCCAAUAUUCAGGGGCCGCAUCCAGCUAUGCUCCUCUCGUGGACGUGCGCAAGACCACUCAUAAUUUGACAGGCAACGAUUUCUUUGCAAAACGCUUCAACGGCUAUCGACAGCGCCUGAAUGAGCAGGAACGCAUCAUGUGGCAAAAAAUGGAUUCGUUGCUUGAUGUCAGCGCAAACAAGAAGGUUGAACAAUUUCUUGCGUCUGUUCCGGGCCCAAGAGCCUGCAAGCGCUACGUUGAUUGCUACUUCUCAACAUUCCAUGCAGAAUUUGCUUGCAUCGACCAGCGCCAUUUCAUGAGCUCGCUUGACCAUACCACGUGGCAACCAAAGAAAUUACAGGAUAUGUCUUUCCUGAGUCUAUACCUCCUGGUACUAUCUUUUGGGCUGCAACUUAGUAAACAAGGGACCCUCGUGAACAAGAACUUCCUCGAGGGAUUUGAGGCCCUGGUCUGGUUCAAUCUCGCCAGGAGCAUUAUAUUCAACUUCAGGGAAUAUGGCAAUUUCACUUAUCUUCAAUGUACGAUCCUGUUUGCUCUCUAUCUCGAGCGACUUGGGCAUAGAAAAGAGCUGUGGAUACUUGGUGACCUCCUUGUGAGGAAUGCGCAGCUCAUGGGUUUGCACCGUCGCUUUGAGGACCCUUGCAUGAGUUCGAGGACGAAGGAGGUGCGUAAGCGGUGUUGGUGGAUUAUCUAUGAACUCGAUGACCGUUUGACGUCAGUGAGUGGCAAUCCGACUGCUGUCAACGAUCUUGAAUGUGACCAAGAGCUUCCGGCGCUCACAGAAGAGGAGAUUGCAGACUACCAUGGUGUGCGCUUCAAGGAUGGGCAGCCAUUCAGCUGCCUUGUUGCGAAUAUACAGCUUACUCAAAUCAACCACCAGAUCCGACGGAAGCUGUACAGUGUGGAUGCGAUUCAGCAUUUGUCGUCAGAACAGGUCCAACAAAUCGUUGACGAGAUCGACGUCCAGCUUCUUGCCUUUGCCGAAAAUCUGCCAGAUGAACACAGACCAGGAGACAGCCGCGAAACAAGACAACAGCCCCGACAUGCUGAGGAACACAUUCGGAACUUCAUCGAUAAAGAUACUGCUUUCAAGCGUAGUCUUGUUCGAGAGUGCUACCUGAUUCCGGGUCUGCGUCUUGCAUAUCUUCAAACUGUCAUGCUUCUACAUCGUCGCAAUGCACAGCCUUCUGAUUCAACAAAGUCUGAUCAACAUGACAAGUCGCUUCCUGCCAAUCCAGAUUUCAAUUUGUCCGAACGUGCCUCAUCAGCUUACUCGUCACGUUCAAUCACUAUGCAAGCAGCUCGUGCAAUCAUAUAUGAGCUCUGCAAUCGUGUGCCGUUCAUCAUGACAACUUUGACAAACGCGCACAUACUGUUGGCGCGAUUCGCUCAGCCGGCCUCCUUGGUGAUCUUCAAUGAUAUCAUUCGGCAUCCAUCAUCAUCCUCUGCGCUAGCAGAUCUGGAUUUGCUUAGUUCAAUACAUACAGCCUUCGUCGAACAUCACGCAAGGUUUCCACCGGCUGAAGAUGACAACAUUCCGAGACAAAUGCAAUCUGGCCUCAUGACACGAAUCAUGCCUGAGGCUCUUGGAGAAUUAUAUGGAGUCGCUGCGUUGAUGAUUAAGCAGGCAGAGUUGUCACGGUCCGCUGACAGACCUGGGACUGUGAGUUGCAACGACCCACCUCUUUUCGCAGAUCUGCAGGCCUUGCUCCAAUCUGGCCAGGCGACUGAUCCACGCUACUUUGGUCAGGACGGAUUUGAUCAGAUGGCGGCGCACCUGACGUGGGCACCAAGCUUGGAUCAUCUCGCUGAGUCUGAUCAGCCAUAUCGCCAUGACUGGUCAGCAUUUCGCACAUACGGUCAUGCCCGUGAGGGCUGCGACGGCCAAAUAUUUUCUGACACGACACAACUCACUAAUCUUGCCACCCCGUACGAGUCUUCUGCUGGUCUUGCAGUUUCAUCUUUUACUGGUGAUGACCAGUCGCAACAAGCGAUCACUGGACACUUACAGCAGCAUGUACAGAAGCCUUUUGCUGGCAAUAGUCAGCCGCAAACUAUGGCUGGCACGCUUCGAGAUGACAAUGAUGUUCAAAAUCUCUGGCACACCUUCUACUCCUAUCAGCAACAAUAGAAUGAGCGCUUGCCUGUCUUUUCUUGUCUAAUUGACCAGCUUCUGUUGAAAGCAAAUGUAGGUAGAAGUAAUUGCAUGAUAUAUAUUGCCAACCCAUCUCGCAG